GGUCUUUGAAAUACCCAGAACCUGGUCUUUCUCCAGCCAACAGCCAAAGGAAGGGAGGAUUCAUCGGGAAAGAGCCCAGGAUCACCCAACUGAACCCAAGUGCUCAAAACCAGCUUUGCCAAGAAGUCUAAGAUGUAGGCUCUCAUGGGCUCUUCUCUCCCAUCCCCACAGGGCUCCCAAUCACAGGGGAAUGGCUGCCGAAAAUCACUCUACAGUGACCGAGUUUAUUCUCAGGGGAUUGACAAAUCGGCCAGAGCUCCAGCUCCCCCUCUUCCUCCUCUUCCUUGGGAUCUACUUGGUCACCAUCAUAGGGAACCUGGGCAUGUUCACGCUGAUUUGUCUCAAUGCUCAGCUUCACACCCCCAUGUACUACUUCCUCAGCAAUCUGUCCCUUGUGGAUCUCUGCUACUCCUCUGUCAUUACCCCGAAAAUGCUGGUGAACUUUGUGUCAGAGAAGAACAUCAUCUCCCAUGCGGGGUGCAUGUCACAGCUCUACUUCUUCGUUGUGUUUGUCGUUGCAGAGAGUUACAUACUGACAGUGAUGGCCUAUGACCGCUAUGUCGCCAUCUAUACCCCUUUGCUCUACAAUGUCAUCAUGUCUCCUCAAGUGUGUUCCCUGCUGAUGGCUGCGGCCUAUGCCAUGGCUUUCAUUGGCGCAACAAUAGACACUGGUCUGAUGUUAAAACUGUCCUACUGUGAGUUCCUCGUCAGUCAUUACUUCUGUGACAUCGUGCCCCUCAUGAAGCUCUCCUGCUCUAGCACCUAUCAUAUUGAGAUGACAGUGUUCUUUUUGGCUGGAUUCAACAUCACAGUCACCAGCUUAACAGUCCUUGUUUCCUACGUCUUCAUCCUCUCCAGCAUCCUCCACAUCAGCACCACACAGGGAAGGUCCAAAGCCUUCAGCACCUGCAGCUCUCACCUUGCAGCUGUGGGAAUGUUCUAUGGAUCUACAGCGUUCAUGUACUUAAAACCCUCCACGGCCAGUUCUGUGGCCAAGGAGAAUGUGGCCUCCGUGUUCUACACCACAGUGAUCCCCAUGCUGAACCCCCUGAUCUACAGCUUGAGGAAUAAGGAGGUAAAGGCUGCCGUGCAGAAAACACUGAGGAGAAACUUCAGAUGCAAAUGCCAUGUAGAAAGCACCAAGGGGAAAUAAUGUUUUGAGGUAAAUGUUAUUCUUUUUUGAUUUUAAAAUUAAGUUGUGAUACACAGGGAAGCCCUGUGAAUGCUUGCCCGGCCACUAUGGGAAGCAUUAACUUGGGUAUAUAGUUGGAUGAGUGCCUCCUCCCCUUCAUCCUUCUUCGUUCCCUCCCUCUCUGGACUCUCAUUUCUGCUUAAAACCAAAUCAUUUCAAGUUCAUAUUUUCUUUCACUUGAAAUCCAUUUUCUCUCCUGAACCCUUUGGUAAACAUUUACUAAAAAUUUUAAACUUUCAGCUUUGAGGGACACCUGGGUGUCUCAGUCAGUUAAGCGUCUGACUUUUGGUUUUGGCUCAGGUCAUGAUCUCACUGUUUCUUGAGUUCGAGCCCCGCAUCAGGCUCUGUGCUGACAGCGUGGAGCCUGCCUGGGUUUCUCUCUCUCCCUCUCUCCCUGCUGCUCUCCACCCACAUUCUCUCUGUCUCUCUCAAAAAUAAAUAAAUAAGCUUUAAAAUAAAAUAAAAUAAAAUAAAAUAAAAUAAAAUAAAAUAAUAUAAAAUACUAAAAUGUCAGCACUGAGUUUGAAAGUCAUCCAUUAUUUUAUUACCUUCCCUACAGAAACUAUUACUCAAUCCAAUUCUUCUUUUUUUGUGCCUGGGAGUAUAGAAGGCAAAGAGAGGUGAAUGUGAAAGUCACCAAGAAGUGAUAUACAACUCCUUCCUCAUCCAGACUUCCUCCCCUGCCUUC